AUGACUGACGCCGCGUUCAAGUUCCUGCCCCUCGGGGCCAUCAUCCAGUCCUUCAAGGUCAAGGACACAAAUAUCGUGCUUGGAUUCCCCGAGCAGGAGCAGUAUGUCAAGUACAACUCGGCGUACUUCGGAGAGACCAUCGGCCGCAUCGCCAACCGCAUCAAGGACGCCAAAAUCAACAGCCUCAACGGCAGGGCGUACCCACUUGCAGCCAACGAUUAUUCCAACAGCUUGCACGGCGGCAACGAGGGUUGGGGCAAGCGCAUCUGGAAAGGCCCGACUCCCGUGGGAACCAAGGAAAUCCCCGGCGUGCAGGGCUUAAAGGGUGGUGAAAGCGUCGAGUUCACUCUCCGCAGCGAAGACGGCGACGAAGGCUAUCCCGGCGCCGUCGAGGCCAAGGUCAUCUACACUUCUGGAAACCAGGUGGUUGACGGAAAGGAGGUCAUCGUUCUGGGCAUCGAGUACGAGGCGACGCUGGUCGAGGGUGCCGACGAGACCAUCAUCAACCUGACCAACCACUCCUACUUCAACCUCACUGGCGACGACAACAUCACCGGCACCACCGUCACUCUUUCGACCAACCAGCACCUCCCUGCUGAGGAAGACUCUAUCCCCAUUGGCAACCCUGUUCCCUUCCCUGGUGUCGAGACGACCAAGCCUUUCGUCCUUGGUCCCACGGAACCAAAAGUCGACCGCUGCUUUACAACCACCUCCGACCCAUCCUCCGUACCGAUCGAUACCCGAUCACAGCCUCUUGCUCUUAACCUCGCCGCAUUCCACCCCAAGUCCGGCAUCCACUUGGAAGUCCUGAGCACGGAGCCGUCUUAUCAAUUUUACACAGGUGAGUUGACCAAGGUCCCCGCUGUCGAGGGCCUGCCGGCGAGAGGCGCACGGAGUGCUUUCUGCUGCGAGCCCGGCCGUUGGAUCAACGCAGUCAACGUCCCAGAAUGGAGGGACAUGGUCAUCGUCAAGAAGGGCGAGACUUAUGGCUCAAGAAUUGUGUACAAGGCUUGGUCAGAGUAG